GCAUGUGCUUUCAGAGGACACCACAGUACAGUAGUGGAAGGGAAGAGGUGGGAGCGCAAACGCGGAGCGCAGUCAUUGUACGCGUGGAUCCAGGACCAUGGCAGUCCGGAGUUAGAAAAGAACAAACCUCCAAAACCUCCAACCACACCUGCUGCCUGAACACUGACGGAAACAUGCGAUUGGACAGAGGUGUGCAGGGCCGUGGUUCACUUGUGCCUUUGCGAACACCUUCAGGGACUUCACAUGUCCGUGCGCUUCGACGAACAAGCAAUGUUUAGGCGCAAACGACCGGCGGAGCGGCUCGGAGUUUGGAUGUGCGUUUCGUAGCUUGACAAAUUGUUGUGGUGAAAGUAUCCACAGGAGGAUGCAGGUGAAGAAGCACCGGGACUCGGACAGGAGCGGCGGGGACAUUCUGGAAGGAGACGGCCUCCGCAAAAACUCCUCAUGCUUCUCAAAUAUCAAGAUAUUCCUCAUAUCGGAAUGCGCCCUCAUGUUGGCACAGGGCACCGUGGGCGCUUACCUGGUGAGUGUGUUGACAACCCUGGAGCGGAGGUUCAACCUGCAAAGUGCUGACGUCGGAGUGAUAGCCAGCAGCUUUGAGAUAGGCAACCUGGCACUGAUCCUGUUUGUCAGCUACUUCGGGGCCAAAGCACAUCGACCUCGUUUGAUUGGCUGCGGGGGCAUCGUCAUGGCGCUCGGUGCCCUACUCUCAGCUCUUCCUGAGUUUCUAACAAAUCAGUAUGAGAUAAGAAAAAUAUGGAGGACUUAUGAGGGUCGGGAUGUGUGCUCAAACACCAGCAGUAAGGAGGUCCUGCAGGCGGAGGAUGCAGUGUGCGACAACAAGGCCAAUACCAACAUGAUGUACCUGCUGCUGAUCGGAGCCCAGGUCCUGUUGGGGAUCGGAGCCACACCGGUGCAGCCCCUGGGGGUGUCCUAUAUUGAUGACCACGUGAAGAGGAAAGACUCCUCACUCUACAUAGGAAUCCUUUUUUCUACACUGGUGUUCGGUCCUGCUUGUGGUUUUAUCCUGGGCUCCCUGUGCACUAAGUUCUAUGUGGACGCUAUCUUCAUCGACACCAGUAAACUGGGCAUCAGUCCAGACGACCCGGGCUGGAUCGGAGCCUGGUGGGCGGGCUUCCUCCUGUGUGGUGCCUUACUUUUUUGCUCAGCUAUCUUGAUGUUCGGCUUCCCUCAGUCCCUUCCGACCAAGGAGAGAGAGGAGGGGGCAGACAGUGAGCAGGUUAUGCUUCCUCCCCCUGUAAAUCCAGACUAUGAGACUCCAAAGCCCAGCAACGGGGUGGUACGCAGCCAUGAGCCUGCCAACAGCCCCACCUGCUGUCAGCAACUCAGGGUGAUCCCCAAGGUGACCAAACACCUCCUGUCAAACCCAGUGUUCACAUGCAUCAUCCUGGCAGCCUGUAUGGAGAUCGCCGUUGUGGCCGGAUUCGCAGCUUUUCUGGGGAAAUACCUCGAGCAGCAGUUCAACCUCACCACCACCUCAGCCAAUCAGCUGCUAGGUAUGACAGCCAUUCCAUGUGCGUGUCUGGGGAUCUUCAUGGGCGGUUUACUGGUGAAGAAGCUGAACCUGUCGGCACUGGGGGCCAUUCGGAUGGCCAUGCUGGUCAACCUCAUCUCCACCGCCUGCUACGUGUCCUUCCUCUUCCUGGGUUGUGACACGGGACCCGUUGCCGGCAUCACAAUUCCAUACGGCAAUGAGUCACUGCGAAUGGGUGAGAAACCAGAGGCUCAGUGCAUCAGCCACUGCAACUGCUUCACCUCAUCCAUCAGCCCGGUGUGUGGAUCCAACGGCGUCACAUACCUGUCUUCCUGCUUCGCCGGCUGCACCGGAUCAACCAAUGCAAGGGCGUCUUCAAACCCCUCUCAGAACCUGACUGGAUGUGGUUGUGUAUCCGCUGAGAGUGAAUUGGCCACAGCAGUUCCUGGGAAAUGUCCCACGCCGGGCUGCCAGGAGGCUUUCCUCAUUUUCCUGUGUGUGAUCUGUGCCUGCAGCCUGGUAGGAGCCAUGGCCCAGACUCCCUCUGUUAUCAUCCUCAUCAGGACCGUGAGCCCCGAACUGAAAUCAUACGCACUUGGAGUGUUGUUUCUUCUGCUUCGACUCCUCGGAUUCAUCCCCCCUCCUCUGAUCUUCGGUGCUGGGAUCGACUCCACUUGCCUUUUCUGGAGCUCCGACUGCGGCGACAAAGGCGCUUGCCUGCUGUACGACAACGUGGCGUACAGGCAUCUGUACGUGAGCCUCGCCAUUAUACUCAAGGGCGUGGCGUUCCUCCUCUACACCACCACCUGGUAUUGCUUGCGCAGGAACUACAAGAAGUACAUCAAAGGUCAUGAGGGCCACUUGACACCUACUGAAUUUUACCCAUCGCUGUCGGACGGCCCCAAACUGGUCGACAGGACAAAGUUUAUAUAUAACCUAGAGGACCAUGAGUUUUGUGAAAACAUGGAGUCAGUUUUAUAGUGUGUAACACAACAAAAGGACAUUGUGGAUUAUUCAUAUUCUAUUUGAAUAUUUAAAGAUUUUAUUCUUCUUUUCUCGAAAGGAUGAAAUAAUUUUUUUUUUUUUUUUUUUUUUGAUAAAGGCAAUCUAUUUAACGGCCUGUUUAGGUCACAGGAGCUGUUUGUUUCCGCUCCACGUCUUUGGUAAACUUUUACAAGGGUCCAUUAUAGUCGUUUACGUAUCAGCGAGGUGUCGUCCAGUGCUGGUGAACUCCUGUGUUGACUUGGUGGUAGAAGACAACCGCAGUACUGUCUGAGUCAGUCAUAGCUGAUUAGUAGUGAGUGGACAUGAAGCUACUAACUAUAGUUGCCAUAUUCUAUUAGAUUUGUUUUAAUGACAGGUUUCCUCCAGUCGGUUGCACUGUCUGUCUGUCUGUCUGUCUCAGAAAUGACAUUUUUAUAUAUAAAGAAGUCUGUCAUUCUUUCAUUUGUUCAUAUUUAAAAGUUGCCAAGUGUUUACAGACUAAUAGUUUAUUGCAUUUUUUCUGUAAUGCAGAGGGUCAGAAUCACCUGGACUCGGUUGCUAUAGUGGCCUGUUAGAUGAUUCAACUGUCAAAACAUCUAGUCUAUUAAACCACACAAUGUUUUCAUGUCAUCAUGCACUGUUCGAUUUUUUUUUUUUUUUUUUUUUUUUGUUCUUGCUGGAUCAUAGGCACUGUUUUUGAUACUGCUUAGACUAGACGGUAAAGCCUCAUAGGUGCAAAUGUGCAAUUCAGAUCUGAUACGUCCAUGUUUAGCACUAGUCUUGUGUCAGAUCACAAUUUGUUUUUACAUCUGCAGAGUUUAUUCAGCCUAAUAUGUCUUAAUAAUAAGGGAUUACUCAAAUAAGAAUGUUAAAUAUGUUUCUUUUGACUUUUGCGCCUAGCUGAUGAGAAAAGAAGAAAGUCAAGAGUGUUUUUGUGUUUUGACAUUCAAUAAAUGAGAUUAGGAGUUAAUAUAUUUGUUUCAUUAGGCCCAGAAUGUUUUAUUAGAUUGUAUUUGAAAGAACGAUAUAAAUUAUGUCUAAUCUAAUUGUCUGAGAUGUGUGUCCGGUGUCACAAAGGAUUUGGGACAAGACAUGGUAGGCAGUUUUAUUACUCGAGAAAAAACAAAAAACAUACACCCACAGUCUGUGUCUUCAAACUAGGCCUGUAAUGUCUCCGAUAAAUGUUCAUGCAGGGUCAAACAGUGCGAAAACACGAAGAACACAGUGAAUUUAUUCCAGUGUAUUGGAAGAGCUCAGCACAUACUGUUACUCGACUUAUAUCUCUGCAGUUACAGUUUUGACAUUGUCCCUUUUCUUACACUUUUUGUAUGGCAACAUAUCAUUUAUUUUAUUCUGGAAAAAUAAAUUAUUUUUCAGAAAAUAAA